AAACGAUUAGGGGUCCACCAACAAAAGGUCGUGAGCAGCUACUCGUAUAUCCUUUCGUACUUGUUCCGGAACGCCCUCCCCAAUUUUUCCAUGGCUCGUUGCAUCCAGCAAACCCUAAAUCUCAUCCGAGCCAGCUACCGAACCAUCGCCGGCGCCAAAUCUCCAUCAUCGGCAGCCUUUGCUUCGUCCUUCCUGCCCUCAUCUCGGAGAGUUUCGAGUCUUUCCGAUUGCUCCGCUAAGAGCGGGUCGGCCGACGUCCCUGAUGCGGAGGCGAUUGCAGUGCAGCGGAUCGAGGACGCCAUCCACCGCAUCAUCGUUCUCAAAUCCGCUCCCGAUUGGCUUCCUUUUGUUCCAGGUGCUUCUUAUUGGGUCCCACCUCGUCGCGGCUCCUAUGGCAUUGCCAAGAUUGUUCAUAAGCUGUCAAAUUCUCUUUCUGAAGAGGAGGUUAUGUCCCUAACCUCUGAUCGCGGCUGGCCUUCUUCCUCUUUCUAUGUCGAUGAGAAGGAAGCUGCCCACAAUUGCACCUCUCAGGAUGAGGACGAGGACGACGAUGACUGAAUACAACUUAACAAUGGCUUAUUUGAUCUCUAAGGAACAGUGGUGCAAAUCUACCGAUGUCAUGCUGUAAAUAUACCACCAAACUGCUAUAUGUUAUCUUUAUUGUAUUUCCUCUUCAUUGUAACGCUUUGUAAUUAUUAUCCUAUUUACAGGUUAAAGUCCCUUCUGUACAAUUACGGAACCCCCUCUUAUUAUAACAUGAAUCAAAUUAGUACUUCCUUCUUCUCCAACUCAAUUGCCUGUGGACAAGUGGUUGGCAGAUCUAUUGCAGGUGCAGGAAAAAAAAUAAAGUAACGGUACCGGU